CCCGCCCCGCGGGCCGCGCUGACGGAGCCGCCGCUCCGGAGCGGGGCUGCCGGCGGCGGCUCUCUCAUGCCUUGCCUCGGUGCUGUCCCCUGCUAAUCGCUGCUCCCGGAGGAUGGCCGCCGCCUCGUUCCGCUACGGCCUGACCAUCACGGGGGCCGUGCUGCUGGUCACGGGCACGCUCUGCUUCGCCUGGUGGAGCGAUGGCGAGGUGGGCUCGGCCGGCGGGGCUCGGCUCCUGCCGCCCCGGGAUGCCGAGGCCGUGCCCAGCUCCUCCUCCUCCUCCUCCUCCAGCGCCCUGCUGCGCUCCGUCAGCUUCUUCUGCUGCGGCAUCGGCGGCAUCCUGCUCAUCUUCGGCCUCCUGUGGUCCGUCAAGGCCAACGCCAGGGUGGUGUCCCGGCGCUACCAGUACCAUUUCCCCCGGGACCUGCAGUACUUCACGGCGGAGCCCGCGGAGAAGUGGAACUGCAGCUCCUGGGACUCCAGCGCCAUCCCCAGCUAUGAAGAAGCCCUGAGCUGCAGACCAGCGCAGGCUGCCCCGGCCUUCGUGCAGGCGCCGGGGAGGAAGGAGGAGCUCACGCCGCCCCUGUACCGCUACCUGGAGGAGGAGGAGGGCUGGCAGGGCGGCCGGCGGCGCAGCUCCUCGGACAGCGCCCUGUUCCGCCCCAGCCCCUCCUGGCUGGAGCCCGCGCAGCCCCGGGAGCCGCAGGCGACGCCGCCCCCCAGCUACGAGAACAUCAUCGAGAGCAUCAUCGUGCGGGGGCUCUGAGCGCCGCCAGCCCGGCCCGGGACUCUGCCCGCUCCCCCCGCUGGAAACUGAGCCCCAAACCUCCGGCACGGGGCGAGAGGAGGGUGGGCGAGCCCUGGGGAGGGUCAGCCCGGCUUGCCCGGCUCUCCGGCGCUGGGAGAUGUGUUCAGAGCAUCGCGGGUAGCUGGCAUGUUUGAAAGCUUUCAUAUUUUUAAUAAAAGCACUGCUGGUUU